AUGGCAACAGAAGACAGAGAAGUGAUGGAAACCCGGGGGGCAGGAGAAAGUUGCCCCAACUUCUCUAAGUUGGUGCCUAGUGACUCCACAUCUGAGGGGAAGCCCAGGGCUUCAUUGCCCCAGGAGGCAGAGUCCCCCAGGCCAGACUCCUACCUGGAGGAGAUGGAAACGGACGAGGAGAGAAGUUCCCCAGAGCCCCCUAAGUCAGUGACCCCAAAUGCUGCACCUGCCACCAAGGGUCAGGCGGGUGAUGGACCCGAACCCGAGGAGCUUCCCCAGGCCUCAGGGAUAGGGCGCAAGGAGAUGGAGCUGGAGAAGGUGCGCAUGGAGUUUGAGCUCACACUCAAGUACCUGCAUGAGGAGAACGAGCGGCAGCGGCAGCACGAGGAGGCAAUGGAGCAGCUGCAGCAGCAGGCCACACCCUGCCCGUUCUCGGGAGGCCUCCAGGACCUCCUGCUCCCCCAGAACCAGUUUGCCAUGUUCCUGUACUGCUUCAUCUUUAUACACAUAAUCUAUGUCACCAAGGAGAUGGUCUUCUUUCUCUUCUCCAAGCACUAUCUGUUCUGCAUCGCGGCCAUUUUGCUGUGUUUGAUUAAAACUUUGUGGUCCUACUUCCAAGUGCCUUUGCUCUCUCCAUCACUAGGGACCCCCAUGAUUGAGUGCUAUUAG